CAAUCCUAAUCCCAGGAGCCUGUGGCCCACAAAUUACUCUCGGCCUUUGGAACAUUUAAAAAUUUGUGGCUCUAGUUUGGGGCACCGGAAAAAUAUCCCAUGGCUGGAUCACCCGGCGUCAAGGAUAAGCUGAAUCUAAUUGUUGGCGGGGACAUUUGCGAGGUAUACCGGGAUGGCUUCAACUGCGGCUCCUUUGGCUUCUGGUGCGGAGUCGUCGGAUUGGCCGUCUUCCUGCUUUCUCUGGCCUACUUUCAUAUAAAUCGGGAGCGAAUAGAUCCGACGGAAUAAUAUCCCUAAAUGUGGGCCGCUCUAAAUUGCUGUGUCAUAAGUAAAAAGUAAAUAUUUAAAAAAAAAACAAAUCAUCGUAAUACAUUCUUUAUGGAGUCAUGUGUUCUUUAUGAACUGCCCUGCAAAUACAAAGCUCUUUGAGUUGUCUCUCAAAUGAAAUCCGUUAAUGCCGUCA